AUGGCGGAUGCUGUAGAGGAAGUUCUCCAAGGCAGCUGGGACCAGGAUCUGGCCGAGGCGUUGGACUCACCUGGCUGUGAACUGGAGGCAGAACCGGAUGUCAUUCAGGUCAGAGACCUGGCUCCAUCGCAGAGAGCCAAGCUAUGGAUGACUGCUCUGAAUGUAGCGGGGAAGGGAGACAGUCUGUCUGCGUGGGAUGGGCUGCUGGACCUGCCUGAGCAGUCACUCAUACACCAGCGCAGUCAACAGCUCAUCGAUGAGUUGGGGGUUGGAGAGGAGGAAGGAAAAACACUGGUAUCAGAUGUGGAGUCGGUCAUCACCUUCUACUGUAAAUCCAGAAACGUCACCUUCACUCCUGAGCUCAGCUGGCCUCACCUCCUCAAACCACUCUUGGGCUUACAGCUUCCCCGCAAAGACCUCUACAACUGCUUCUAUGCCAUCAUGAACAAAUACAUCCCACGUGAGUGUGUGAGGAAGGGUCGGCCGUUCCACCUCUACAGGCUGCUGCUGCAGUACCAUGAGCCUGAACUCUGCUCUUUCCUGGACACCAAGAAGAUAACACCAGACUCCUACGCCCUCAACUGGUUAGGCAGUCUGUUCUCCAGUCACUGCCCCGCGGAGGUCACUCAGGCCAUGUGGGACGUCUACCUGCAGCAGGCCGACCCCUUCUUCAUCUUCUUCCUCGUCCUCAUCAUCCUCGUUAAUGCCAAAGACACCAUUCUAGGCCAGGAGGGAGAGAGCAGAGAAGAGAUUAUCAAGCUACUGGAGGGAUCCCCUGCUCAGCUGGAAAUUGAAGACAUUGAGGACUUGUUCUCAUUGGCUCAGUAUUACCUCAGCAAAACUCCUCUCUCUCUCAGAAAGGAGAAUCAGACUCUGUUUGGGAGCAGUCUGGUGGCUCUGAAAGAGGAGGACAUGGACCUGAGUCAGGCCCUCUGUCUGCCUGUGUCUGUUCCUGAGAUCCUACAGGCCAACCAUCUACAGCAGGAUGGCGUGCGUUUCUUCGUGGUGGACUGCCGCCCUGCAGAGCAGUACAACGCCGGCCACCUCUCCACAGCCUUCCACCUGGACUCAGAUCUGAUGCUGCAGAACCCGUCGGAGUUUGCUCUGUCAGUGAAGUCCCUGCUGGAGGCGCAGAAGCAGUCUCUGGAGUCAGGCUCCAUCGCCAGCGGAGAACAUCUCUGCUUCAUGGGCAGCGGCCGCGAGGAGGAGGACAUGUACAUGAACAUGGUGCUAGCUCACUUCCUACAGAAAAACAAGGAAUACGUCAGCAUCGCCAAAGGUGGAUUUAUGGCCCUCCAGCAGCACCUUGCAGACAUGAACGUGGACAGUGGCCCAGAUAACGUUUACGUCAACUGGAUCGUCAGCACAUCAGGAUCCCAUGGCAGCCUGAGCUCCGCCGAUGGGGACAGCAGCGGAGAGGGCAAAGGGGUCAAGUCCUUGGUCAACAAGAUGACCUUUGCUCUUAAGUCGAAGUCUGUCAACGUGAAGGAGAAAGUCAUCAGCUUUAUCGAGAACACAUCCGCACCUGUGGACAGACUCUCUUUCACUCUACCUUGGCCAGAGAAGCCCCUUCCAGAUCGACAUGUGAGUAGCAGUGAUCGGUUGGGUAAACCUUAUCGAGGCGUGAAGCCUGUGUUCAGCAUUGGGGAUGAGGAGGAGUACGACACAGAUGAAAUCGACAGCUCGUCCAUGUCCGACGAUGACAGGAAGGAGAUCGUGAAUAUCCAGACGUGGAUAAAUAAGCCAGAUGUGAAACACCACAUCCCCUGUAACGAGGUUAAAGAGACUGGACACAUGUUCCCCAGCCACUUGCUGAUCACGGCCACACACAUGUACUGUCUGAGGGAGAUCGCGUCUCGUAAAGGUUUUGCCUACAUACAGUCACGGCAGGCGCUGAACUCUGUGGUGAAAAUCACAUCAAAGAAGAAACAUCCAGAACUCAUAACCUUCAAGUUUGGCAACAACAACGCUGCAGGAGUGGAGAUUGUAGCAGUGGAGAGGUAUUUGAUACCAAAUGCAGGCGAUGCCACUAAAGUCAUUAAACAGCAGAUCAUGAAAGUGCUGGAUGCUUUGGAAAGUUCAUAGAGACCUGGACAGUUACUCUCUGCACCGGCCACAUCAGCCACAGGGACGGUCAAGCAACAAGCUCCUUCUCUUCUGUCUGUCUCUCCACUCCUCCACAAAGGACCUAAAAACAAAAUAAAACAAAACAAAAAGGACAUGCGGUGUUGCUCUUAUACCCUGUGCUGUCAUUUUUGUUCGGGGUGUACGGCCAACGUAACCAACGGAAACAUUAGUCGCACUGUUGGCUGAGUGACAGCUGGACUUUCACACUCUUUGUGCUGUUAAACAUGGUUGUUGUUUUCAGUGCUCUCCUGAUUCAGGUCGGAAAACUGACAGAAUUGGCCUAAAGCGGAGGUUUUUUUGCGGAAUUCUUGGAAUGUCAGUCUCCAGCUUUAAUCAGAGACCGCUGCUCUUUGUAUCACUAGCAGGACCACUCAAUAAGAGAGUGGAAUUUAUAUUUAAAAAAAAGGAGAAAAGAAAAGAAAAAAACUGAAAAUUCAUAACACGAACAUCAUCAGUGUUCUGUUCUUAUUUAAGUUAUGAAUUCAUUUAAACGGUUAGCCAUUGAAAAAAAGUAUGACUGCUACCUUUUUGAUGUUCUUUGCUGAUGUAACUGGUAAAAAGAUGGUAGCGUAUUAGCCUAAUCUGAGCAGUAUUUUCAGCAGGGAUUUGGAUUACUGAGAUUAUUGAGAUACUAAGAUGAAAUAUAGCAUGUGAAAUGUUUUUGGGGUUGAGGGAACAACUCCAGUUUAAUUCCAGUGAUGUCAUAAGUAAGUCUUUCCUGACAGUUUAAAAAAAAAAAAAAAAACAGACCUGUGCACCUGUCCAGGUGACUAACUGCACACUCUUUAGUGUACUCUGAUUUACUCAUCAUCUUUAUUUAUACAUGCUUAAGUUAAUGUAAAUAUACUCUAUUUGAUACCUGCCUCCACUGACCCCUUUUUCAGCUGGUAGCCUUAACAAAUACUCAAAAAAAUGAAAAAAAAAAAAAAAAUCAAAUUAUGACAUGAAACAGAUUGACUUGAGAGUUUAUGGAUGAAUAUUCUGUAUAUUGUGCAUAAUUGUGAAACAGUUUCCCUGUGGUUUGAAUGAAUGGAAAAUGAAUACACAGUGCUUACCAAUAGACAAGUCUCUGACCUGCCUAAAGACAAGAGCUGGUGUCAUAAAUAACUUACAUUAACCUUCCUACUGUCAGUGUGUGGACAGAUAAGACUGUUUCAGAGCACAUGGCUUUAAAAUUAUAUUGUCCUUCAACUGAAUAUCAAAGCGACACUAAGAGUUAACCCUAAAGAAUGUACUAGCCCUGAAUUUAUAAUUGAUGACAUAAUGAGUUAUGUAUCACUGUAGCACAAACAAAAUGUGAUUUCAACUUAAAACUUUCUGUUGCCAUUUGUGAAAAGCCCUUUAUAUGUUAUACUUUAGGCUUUUGAAUAGAUGAAGAUUUUGACAAACCCAAACGUGUCAGUUUUCAUCUGCUCAGAUUCUUUUUUGAAAAACUGUACUGUGUAACUCUCUGGCCUUGUCAUCCAUUUAAAGAUGAAAAUAUAUUAAUAAAAAAAAAUUGUG